CAACAAAGCCCAGGAAAUGCCGCACUCCAAGAGUAAGGAGCUGGUAUUCAGCCUAGUGGUGGGCUCGGCGGGAGUCAGCCUGCUGCUCUGGUGGUACCACAAGGCCCGCAUGCCCCAGGCAGGCAUGAGCUACCCAAAAUGUCUCUCUCUGGGGAGCAUGUUGGAUUCCGUGACUUUGCAAGAAGAAAUGCACCAUGGCCCAGGCACAGUAGUGCCCUUCCAAAGGAGGCAGCUCCAGAUCUUGGAGAAGCUGGAUGAGCUGCUGACGAGCGUGGAGGAGCUCCGAGAGGAAGUCCGGGUGCUAGGGGAUACCAUCCCCAGGCUGGAGGAGUAUGUCCAGGGCGAGCUCACAGGGAAGGCCCCGGCCCACAGGAUCAGCCCCCAGCACCGAACACGCAGGAAGAGGCCUUUCCCGGCACCCAGCAUAGUCACGAGUCACAACAGCUCAGAGGAGGCAGAGAGUGAAGGCGGCUGCUACAGAAAGGACCAGAGCUUCCAAUCCAGGACUUCUACAGGCCAGGCACCCCUAGCCCACCUGCAGCCCGAAACCUCGGCACUGAGCCCAGCCUGCCAGCCCUCGGUGCCCACCCAGAGUAGAAUCAGUGUCAUCUCAUCCCCCUCCUUCUUCUCCACCUGCUCCAGCUUCUCUCUACGGAGGCGCUCGCUAUUCCCCAGCAUCCGUAAGAGCCUCUCCUCCCUCUACCAAGCGCAGAGCAGAGCUAACUUUGACUUUCGGGAGAAAGCCUUGGGCCAGAACACCCUCUCAGAUGGGCUCAACCAAAAGUCCCUGCGGCACUUCUCUAUCCGCAGAGUCAGCAUAGUCAGGUGCUAUGAGACCACUCUGAAUGACCUCCAGCCCAUGGACUCCAGGACCCCCUCUCAGGACACCCUGGCCCCCAAGCUCUCCAGACGCAGGCCCACUCUCUGGGCCCCUGAGUACCACUGGACAUAUCUGAGCAACUUGGAGUCCAAGGUCAGCUGUUCGUGCUGCGAGAGGAGGGCCUGCCCGCAGAGCACGGUGCCCCUCAUCACCCUGCCCACCAUCAUCUCCCGAUCCUGCCAGCAGAACGGAGUGCUCACCAGCCUGGAGGGAGCCCAGCUCCACAGACACUCCCUCUUCCAACCCCAGGGGCCCAGUGCCAACCACCUGCAGCCUUGCCCUGCGAGUGCAGCCAACAGUAGCCCCUGUACCAGGUGUUCAUUCUGUUCCAGCAACUGUAUCUCCUCUGAAAACGAAGAGACCACUCAGACCCUGAAAGAGGAAAACAGCACUCCUUCAACUCAAAAUGACAGCAGACACUUGUCCACAGAAGCUUCCAGAGCCAGGUACAGCACAGCCAACACAGACACGGAGGAACAGAGCUUCCCGGCCGAGAAGGCCCUCAACACCUACAUAGAGGAGCUGGACCUGGAGGCGCUGCUGCAGAAGGUGGACAGUCUGCGCAAGAACGAGUCCGAGCAGCUGGAGAGCUUUGAGCUGCUCUGUGACCACAAAGAGAAGUGUAAAGAUGAGAUUGAGUUUAUGUGGCGGCUUACCCGUUCAUAUGGAGACAUGUGUGAGAUGUCAACAAAUAAGGAAGAAAAGAAGCAUUAUGCCAACAUAGGAAAGACGCUAGGCGAAAAAGCAAUCUCCAAGGCGCCCAGGAACGGACAGUGUCACCUGUGGUAUGCCAUCCUGUGUGGUCACGUCUCUGAGUACGAGGGCUUACAAAACAAGAUCAACUAUGGACACCUCUUCAAGGAGCAUCUGGACAAGGCGAUUGAGCUGCUGCCCGAGGAGCCCCUGCUCUAUUACCUCAAGGGGAGGUACUGCUACACGGUCUCACAGCUGAGUUGGAUUGAAAGAAAAAUGGCUGCAACUCUGUUUGGGAAAAUACCAUCCUCAACAACAAAGGAAGCUUUAGAGAAUCUCCUCAAGGCUGAAGACCUAAGUCCUGGUUUUUCCAAGAGCAAUUACAUGUACAUAGCCAAGUGUUACUUCAAUCUGGAACAGAGAGACAAGACUUUGAAGUUCUGUGACCUGGCAUCUCUGCUCCCCUGUGUCACCAAAGCAGACAUGGAAGCAGAAAAAGAGGUGAAGAGAUUAAAAGCUUCCUUGAAAGGAAACUACAGCCUUCAGAAUAUCUCCUUAUAUGAAAUAUUGAAGUCAGUGCAACUCAAGGAACUCUUACUGCUGCCUCAAGGAAGAUGAUAUAUGACAAAAUCAUCUCACUGAUGUGCAUGACAAAGGGAGGAAGAGAACAUGAGCAAGAUGUUAAUAGAAAAAAAUAACACAAAAGAGGAAACACAGUGUGAUGAGUGAGUGGUCAGAGAACUGCAGCUGCGUUUACAAUAUGAUUCAGAGCUUGUUCUUUCAACAGAACAGGCAGAAACUAGCUCAGCAGAUAGAGAUAUAGGACUUACAUGCCCGAGCCUCCUGCUUUGAUCCCCAGCACCACCAGUGCCAAAAUGAUGCUCUGACUUCUCUCUCUCUUUCUCCUCUCCCUCUCCCUCUCCCUCUCUGCUCCUCUCUCCCUCUCUCCCUUUCUCUCUCCUUUCUGUAUGAAUUAAAUAACAGAGUGAAUCUGAAAGUAUCUGUGAAUUUGACACACUUGACACUUUCUCUAGCAGAAUGCCAGCAGAGGAAACCCCUCUCCUCAUAGUAACACUGUGUCCUUCC